UUUCAAUUAUCAUUACAUUUUAAUCGAGAAGCAAGCCGAUCGGUGAUAAACAUGUUUAUUUUUACGAUAUUUGUAUUUUACAAUAUUUGUGUAUUAGUGUCGUCAUACGAAAUACCGGAACCAAGUGUAAAGAUAUUGAAACCCAAUGGUUUUCGUGUAAGCAUACCAGACGAAAAAGGCAUAGAAGCUUUUGGAUUUACUGGAACAUUGAACAGAAAAAUUAGUCAAAAUCCACCCGUUGAUUUUGUUGCUAAGGAGAGAAGCCCUCAGAAUGGCACAUGGGUGUUUGAAGCUACUAACAUCGAAAUAUUUGAUGGAGAUGUACUAGAUUAUAGGAUCUUCAUAGAGCAUGAUUUACUGGGAUACAGCCAACCGUAUAGAUAUGAAUUUACAUUUAGAGACUACGAGGUGCCGAAACCGCGGUUUAAGGUGCUUCCGAUAGGAUUCCGUGUGAGCAUUCCCCAAGAAGAAGGUAUUCAACUGUUUGCCUUUCACGGUAAUCUCAAUGUGCCCAUGAAUGGUCUAGAAGCUGGACAAUUCGCUCAGGAUAUAGUUCAAAGUAAACGCGGUAGAUGGAUCUUCGAAGAUAGGCAGACUAAGUUAAAGAGAGGUGAUGUGAUUUAUUACUGGUUGUUCGUGAUUAAGGACCACUUAGGCUACAGAAGAGAAUCAGGAGUGUAUCUGGUAAAAGAUAGUGAUAUAACGACCACGUCGUCAGAAGGAUCCCAGGAGAACAACUUUCACGCGUCAUCGACCCAACAAUUUCAUCUUGAUAACGAGAGUGACACUGGCUACAAGAUAGCCCUCAAAGUUUCCGAUAUUGCUGGGGAUCUGUACGAGGAGGUCAAAAAGUUAAGGGAAAUCAACAGUGUUCUAACACAACUGGUCAAAAAGGACGAUGAACUUUCAAGGACUUUAAAAUUUGAGGGUGUGUUGCCGGAAUUUGAUGAUGCCCAAUAUGUUGCGCAGAUUUUAGUUAAUGAGAAACUAAGGCUGACUGUACCAGUGGUGAAUGCUACGAGAAAUUCCGAUAAAAGUGUCAGUUUUCAAGUAGCUAGUCUGGACGACAAAGUAUUUCUUAUUAGAUCAGCAAAAAAAUCGUUAGUAGAUUCGAAAAUUAAAUUAGUGUAUUAGGUUCUAUAAUAUCUGUGAUAUUAGAAAUAGUAAAAUAAAAUUUAAAAAACCUU